CGGAUCUCCAGGCAAGACCUCAGCUCCCGCGGCAGCAUCAGACAGGCCCACCUCCCAGCCGCUGCGCCCCGAGGAGGCGCGGGGUGUCGCGGCCGCCGCUGAGCCGCCCGCUGCGCCCGGGGCCCGCGCAGCCCUGUCACCCCUCGCUCAAGGCCGGGGAGGCUGCUCGGACUUGGGCUUCUGGGGGUGCGGAAGGCCGGCGGGGGAGGUGUCUGCAGCCUGCACUCUUCUCGCGGCCGCGGCGGCUGGAACCUUGGCCGCCGCCUGUGCGCCCUCGCUGCCCCGCGCGACCCCAGGAUUGCGAACUCUUGCCCCUGACCUGUUGGGCGGGACUCCGCGCUCCUGUCCUCGGCCCGGAUGGGUCUUCUGGCUGGGACCCGGGCCACCUGGAAUUAAUGUCCAACUGGGGGUCUGCGGAGACCGGAUCCGAGGUGCCGCCGCCGCCGGACGGGACUCUAAGAUGAAGUUAUGGGAUGUCGUGGCUGUCUGCCUGGUGCUGCUCCACACCGCGUCCGCCUUCCCGCUGCCCGCCGGUAAGAGGCCUCCCGAGGCGCCCGCCGAAGACCGCUCCCCCGGCCGCCGCGCGCCCUUCGCGCUGAGCAGUGACUCAAAUAUGCCAGAGGAUUAUCCCAAUCAGUUUGAUGAUGUCAUGGAUUUUAUUCAAGCCACCAUUAAAAGACUGAAAAGGUCACCAGAUAAACAAAUGGCAGUGCUUCCUAGAAGAGAGCGGAAUCGGCAAGCUGCAGCUGCCAACCCAGAGAAUUCCAGAGGAAAAGGUCGAAGAGGCCAGAGGGGCAAAAAUCGGGGCUGUGUCUUAACGGCAAUACAUUUAAAUGUCACUGAUUUGGGUUUGGGCUAUGAAACCAAGGAAGAACUGAUUUUUCGGUACUGCAGCGGCUCUUGCGAUGCAGCUGAGACUAUGUAUGACAAAAUACUAAAAAACUUAUCCAGAAGUAGAAGGCUAGUGAGUGACAAAGUAGGGCAGGCCUGUUGCAGACCCAUUGCCUUCGAUGACGACCUGUCGUUUUUAGAUGAUAACCUGGUUUACCAUAUUCUAAGAAAGCAUUCCGCUAAAAGGUGUGGAUGUAUCUGACUCCAGCUCCAGAGACUGCUGUGUAUUGCAUUCCUGCUACAGUGCAAAGAAAGGGACCAAGGUUCCCAGGAAAUGUUUGCCCGGAAGGGAAGAUGAGGACCAAGGAGGCAGAGGCAGAAGAGGAAGAGGAGGAGGAGGAAGGCAGCCAUCGUGGGAGCCUGGUAGGGGGAGGUCCAGCUAUGGAAAACUGGAUGGGAGAGAGAAAACAGCCAUCUAGGUUCUCCAGGACAGCAGCCAAUGUCACCAGAAGCUCAGGGCUGGUGUCCCUGGUUGGCUGUUGUCAUCAUUUCUUCUGAUACAGUCCACCAUCACCAACCACGGUUGCAGUCGCGGAUGCACUCAGAGAAACAAACCAGUGUAUCUCCUGUGGUUCGUUUCCACCUGAGGACACCAGGGAAACAGUGAGCCCAGUGUCACUCCUUGUGAUUACAUUCUACUGCUGAAAGUCAGAAAGGGUUAUUUUUCUGUCACUCAAUGGAUUCAUACCCUGAAAAGGAGAGGGGGGAAAAAGCGGAGACACAACUUAAAGGUUAAGGCCUGAGGUUGACUACAACUGGCGUUUGGGAGAACGGUUGAUGAUUAAUUUUGAACAUCGUAUGUGGGGGUGGGAACAAGUUGGCUAGGAACCAAAAAAAGAAGCAAAGCUGUUUUCGUGAUGAAAACAAACCUGAAGGUAUUCCCUUUAUGCCCGCGGAAACAGGAAGUGAUUGUAGUUUUUGACAGAUUCUCCUAGGAGAACAAGCAGGAGAGGCGCCAGCUGCUCUCCGGGGAGACCCACCCCAGGGCCUUCGGUUUACAGAGAGACAGAUGUUACAUACCCAGCUCCGUUGAUGCAUGGUCACCAGUGACCAGAGAAGCUACUCGAUGCAAUGCAUCUAUUUCAGAUACAGAAAUAUAGAGAAGAUAUUUAUUGAGAUUUAAGUUAUUGUUAUUUAUUACCAUUCACUAAUGAAUUUCUCUUUCUUCCCCUUAUUUAUUAAAGUUUCUUUUCAAAGGUGCCAAAGUAUAUAUGCUUGCAAAAUGCAAAGAAAGGUGACAAAAGGAAAUUUUAAUUGGGAACAAGGGUCCAUGCUUUCCAAAGUAUUAAAAAGGUUUUCUCUAGGCAAAAAUCACUUACUUUACCUUUUUAAGAAAAUCCUUCAUUAAUUUCCCCAGAUUUCAGUCUUUCUCCCUGUUUGUACUUUUUUUAAGCAUGUGAGAAGGGGCACUUCCAGGUCGGCCCCCUUUCUGGGAGCAGUGUGCAGAGACCAUUGGCUUGGCUUCAUUUCUUCGAUGCUCCAGCUCUGAAUAGACAAUGCCAUAUGCUCCACUCUCUGUUGUAUUUAAGCUCCUCUUCCCUCCACGUGUAUCUACCUGUAACGUGCAUAACCAUAUAUAAAAGGUAAAAUUCCUAUCAUAGGUAGUCCUAUGUUGACCUAAAAGCAAAGUGAAAGGCCCUGUCUAUAAGCCAGGGUUUUACCCAGCCCUGUGGUAGCUCAUCCUCCAUCACUGCCAUCUACCACCACCUUCCCAAGAAACAGAGGUGCACAGUGCAGCCAGCACUAUACCAAUGUGGCCCCCUACAAGCCCCUUGGCUGUCUCCUGGGGUCCACUCUUACAGCACCUGCUCACCUGAAGGCUUCCCGGGGGAAAGGUGGCUAAGAAGGGAGGACAAGGCAGAGGCAUGUGUCCUGGCCACAGUGCACACACAUACAAGGCCUCGCUCCCAGAGCAGGCUGCCUCCGAUGAAAGAGCUCGGGGAAGAAACACAGGAGGGGAGAAACUGCCACUUCUGUGGCCCCAUGUGAAUCUGUCUGGCAGCCAACAUAUGGGUGAUGACUAGGCCCUAUGCUAGAGCUUGUUAUACAUGCCAUUAAAAGGGAUUUUUAUCCAGGAGCUAAUCUAUCACUACCUAAGUGGUUACUGGCCACAAAAGUAGUAUACAUUUAGCACUUAUAACCUACUGGCCUUCCUCAAAUAAUUAUGUUAUGUUUGCAAAGUAACCAAGAAGAAGUUACCAGACAUCUUCCCCAUUCAUCACCCCCAAAGACCCCUGUCCUCUAUUAUUCUGUCCCUGUCUUUUCUGCUACCCUUGAAUGACAGGAAAAUAGAGGAAAAUGCCCUCUCCUGCUCAGAACAGUGACAUCCCCAGCUAUCCAGCAAAAUUGGGAUGUUGUCCCAAAUUCAGAGAAUCCUGGCUGAUGUGGUGGCUGAUGUUCCUAGGUUUCGACCUCAGCCCAGCUCCCCACAGAGUCCUUGCCCAAAGGGGCUUCAGGAUUCAAUGGGCGGCAACUGCUUGUUCCCAGCAUCACCUACACAUCAAAAGCAGGUUCUAAUGGGAGCAAAUUGCUCCACGAAAUCAAUCCACAAAAGGGUAAAGUUCGUGAUUUUUCUUUAUCAUUGUGAUCACCAUCAGAUACAGUGAAGAGGGCACUUCUUUGGAAGUUCUGACUUCUCUGAUCUGUCUCGGUCAUUUGUGUUAUACAACCAAAGUUCUCUACAGACUUUAUUUUUGUACAAUAUCAUUUUGUAACUUUUUACAAAUAAAAACUCAUUUCUAUUGCUCUA